UCUCUCUCUCUCUCUCUCUCUCUCUGUUUCGACGCCAUUGGAACCCUCCUUCUGUGUUUUAGAUCCAUGGCGUCUCAAUCUCUGUAAGGUUUUCGCAUUCGAAAUCAUCUUCUCCCAUUCGAUUCAUCCAUUGUUUUGUUUUUUCCUUUUUGACGAAUCACAGAGGGCUCUGUUUUUCGUCUCUCACAUUUUUCGCCGCGGAUUGUCUCUCUAAUUUUAUCUUGCAAUCAAUCGUACUCUUCUGUGCUUGGGGAUUUUGAUUCUUAUCCGAUUAGUCUCCAGCGAGAUUGUUGCUUUUGCAUUUCGUUGACUUUUAUUGAGGAUUCUACGACUGUCGAUCGUCAUUUUCUGGAGCCACUUUUUUCGUUUGGUUUUCGAAAUAUAAUGUUAGGUGCAGGCUUGCAGUUUGGUCGUGGUUGUGGUGACGAUAGGUUUUACAAUCCGACAAAAGCUCGUAGGGCGCAUCAGGGCCGUCAAAAUGAUCAGCUCCGGAGAGCUCAGAGCGACGUUUCUGCUAGCCAAUCCCCUGUUCUUAAACCGACCACGGUGUCCUCGGUGAUUAGAGAAACCGAAUACGGCGAUGGGUGUGAAGAGCUCCCUAAAUCCAUUGCGAUGUCGGCUUUUGAGCCAGUCGUAUCGUCGCUGAGUAAUCUCGAGCGGUUCUUGCAGUCAAUCGCGCCAUCUGUACCUGCACAGUACCCCUCAAAGACAACGGUGAAGGGUUGGAGAACCUGUGACGCGGAAUUGCAACCAUACUUCGUCCUAGGUGAUUUGUGGGAGUCUUUUAAGGAAUGGAGUGCCUAUGGCGCAGGUGUGCCUCUUGUAUUAAACGACAGUGACAGUGUUGUCCAGUAUUAUGUACCAUAUUUAUCUGGUAUACAGAUAUAUGGUGAAUCCUUGAAGUCCUCUGCGAAGUCGAGGCAACCAGGUGAGGACAGUGAUAGUGAUUUCAGAGAUUCUAGUAGUGAUGGUAGUAGUGAUUCAGAACCUGAACGAGGACUAAAAUACACGGGGAAUCAACUCAAUCAUCACCAUUUGUCUUCUGAGCUUUCUCGUAGAAUGGAGAGGUUAUCUUUGCGGGAUCAGCUAAUUGGACUUCAAGAAGACUGUUCUAGUGAUGAGGCUGAAUCUCUUAAUUCUCAAGGCCAGUUACUAUUUGAGCAUCUUGAACGUGAUUUGCCUUAUAGUCGGGAACCUUUGGCAGAUAAGGUAUCAGAUCUUGCCUUUCGGUUCCCUGAGCUCAAGACAUUACGAAGUUGUGAUCUAUUGCCUUCCAGUUGGUUUUCUGUGGCAUGGUAUCCAAUUUACAGGAUUCCAACUGGACCAACAUUAAGGGAUCUAGAUGCCUGCUUCCUCACCUUCCAUUAUUUGUCUACGCCAAUGGGAGGGGCACGUAGUGUUCAAGGUCCUGUAGUAACGUAUCCUAGUGAUAUAGAUGGUAUUCCUAGGAUGUCCCUACCAGUUUUUGGUCUAGCUUCAUACAAGUUUAGAGGGUCUUUAUGGACUCCAAAUGGCGGAUAUGAGUGGCAAUUGGCAAAUUCACUUUUGCAGGACGCCGAGGAUUGGUUAAGAGAACGUUGCGUAAAUCACCCCGACUUCAUCUUCUUCAGCCGACGGUGAAAUCCUUGCAACAUCUACAAUCCAUAAACCUAAAGGUGGGAAGUCAAGAUAUCAUAAUUCAGUACCGUGUCGUAAUUUUCUCUUUGUGAUGCUGUUCUACUUCAGAAAAUGGAAAUGGAAAUGAAAAGGAAAAAAGGAAGAGUUUGUGAUGGGAUGGUGAAAAUAACAACAGUUUGUGAUGGGAUGGUGGUGAGGUUGGUAGAUGACGAAUUGAGAAAAGUUCAGACAAAGGUCAAAAAGGGAAAAAAGCAAUAAAGAAAAAGCAAAAAAAAAAAAAAACAGUUGGAUGAAGAUGUAGAAGAGUGUAGCAAAAACAUUGCCCCCAAAGUUGGUGAUACUUGCUGCUUGUGCUGCCUAGCAGGUUUUAUCCUCUCUUUUUUCUCUUUAGUUACUGAAAGUUCUUUUUAAUAAGUUAUUAACUGUAGGUGAAAUGAAANAAGGAAAA